AUGAAUCCCAACAAAGUAAUAGAAGUAAAUGAGACAGACGAUGAGUCAGGGGUCCACCAGCCUGAGAGCAACAGUGACAUCACCGAGGAUACAUCUAUCCAUUUACUAGAGAGCAACAGUGACAUCACCGAGGAUACAUCUAUCCAUUUACUAUCGAGCAACAGUGACAUCACUGAGGAUACAUCUAUCCAUUUACUAGAGAGCAACAGUGACAUCACCGAGGAUACAUCUAUCCAUUUACUAGAGCGCAACAGUGACAUCACCGAGGAUACAUCUAUCCAUUUACUAUCGAGCAACAGUGACAUCACUGAGGAUACAUCUAUCCAUUUACUAGAGAGCAACAGUGACAUCACUGAGGAUACAUCUAUCCAUUUACUAGAGAAGAGCAACAGUGACAUCACCGAGGAUACAUCUAUCCAUUUACUAGAGAGCAACAGUGACAUCACCGAGGAUACAUCUAUCCAUUUACUAUCGAGCAACAGUGACAUCACUGAGGCUACAUCUAUCCAUUUACUAGAGAGCAACAGUGACAUCACCGAGGAUACAUCUAUCCAUUUACUAGAGAGCAACAGUGACAUCACCGAGGAUACAUCUAUCCAUUUACUAGAGAGCAACAGUGACAUCACUGAGGAUACAUCUAUCCAUUUACUAGAGAGCAACAGUGACAUCACCGAGGAUACAUCUAUCCAUUUACUAGAGAGCAACAGUGACAUCACCGAGGAUACAUCUAUCCAUUUACUAUCGAGCAACAGUGACAUCACUGAGGACACAUCUAUCCAUUUACUAGAGAGCAACAGUGACAUCACUGAGGAUACAUCUAUCCAUUUACUAUCGAGCAACAGUGACAUCACUGAGGAUACAUCUAUCCAUUUACUAGAGAGCAACAGUGACAUCACUGAGGAUACAUCUAUCCAUUUACUAGAGAGCAACAGUGACAUCACUGAGGACACAUCUAUCCAUUUACUAGAGAGCAACAGUGACAUCACCGAGGAUACAUCUAUCCAUUUACUAUCGAGCAACAGUGACAUCACUGAGGACACAUCUAUCCAUUUACUAGAGAGCAACAGUGACAUCACUGAGGAUACAUCUAUCCAUUUACUAUCGAGCAACAGUGACAUCACUGAGGAUACAUCUAUCCAUUUACUAGAGAGCAACAGUGACAUCACUGAGGAUACAUCUAACCAUUUCCUAGAGAGCGUAGCUGCCAUCACUGAGAAUACAACCAUCAUUUACUAG